AAAAUAUUAUUCAUUCAUUUUCGAACAUCUCCUUUUAUCGCACAAAACAGACCACGCUACUCGUACUCCACAUAGUGCUUUAUUUCUGAGUACUCUCUCUCAUCAUCCCACACAACGCACAUGACAUUUAACUAAGGCAGCGGAGCUUCCACCCACGCCCGAAUAGAUCGCCUCACUUUGCCGCCACCGCCACCGCCACCCAUGGCCGACGAUAAGCAGACCAAAAAGAAAAACAAGAAACAAAAACACCAACACCCCAAUGAUCAAUCAACUAAAUCUUCCUCAGAUUUCACAUUCAAGCCCUGCUCCGAAGUGAAGGGUCUCAGAUUCGGCGGCCAGUUCAUCGUCAAAUCCUUCACGGUCCGCCGCGCACGGCCUCCGGAACUCAUCCACCUCCUGGAUCUCCCUCCCACUGCGCCCAGCGCCAAGCCAUCAUUCCGCUCGACCACCGCCUUCAUGCCCACCAAUUUCACAAUCCUGGCUCACCAGGCCUGGCACACGCUCACUCUGGGACUGGGGACGAAGAAGACGAAGGUGGUGAUUUUCGUGUUCGAUUCGGAAAGUAUGAAAUCCGCCGUGGACCGCCAAUGGCCGUCGGAGAUCGCGCUCGGGGAUGUGAACAGGAAGCUAAUCAGAGGGUUGAGCGGGUGCGAAUUGGCGCGGUUCAAAUUCAGGAAGGGCUGCAUAACUUUCUACAUUUACGCGGUGAGGGGAAUCGGAAAUUUGGGAUUUACCAGCGCCGAUGAUCUGAGAACGGUUUUGCAAUCGACGGUGGAGCUGAACGAUUUCUUGGAUCAUACGGAGAUGCUGGCGAUGCCUAACCAGAGAAGCCUCAAACACGCCGCUGCUCCGCCGCCGAUGGCCAUGGCCCACUAGUCCGUCCGUUUGCCCUUUUCUUGUUUUUCAUUUUUUCACAUUUUAGUUUUUUUAAAUCUUACAUAUGCCUAUAUUGGGAUGCUGUGCAAGAUUUUUACAUUUCUUAUUUUUUGGGGAAACUUUGUUGGAUUUUCAUAUCUCAGUUUUUUCAGUAGUGUUACUAAUAAACUUUUGUUAUCCUGAAGAAUUAGGUUUGUCACUUGGCAUUGUGAAGGAUUAGUUUUACAUUAGUUUUUGUCACUUGUUGCAUUUUGGUUGUAUAAAAAAUUAUUGAAAUUGUGAUUCAACUUUGUAAAUUUGCACAACUUUACCGUGUGGCCUGAGG